UAUAUGAUGUAAGAAGAAGCAUGACUACACGUGCUCGACAAAGAUCCUUCCCUUCACCCCCAAAUCGGUCAUUAACCGCCAAAGAACAGCCACAAUUCCAAGCUUUAACCCCGGAAAUGAUUGUUGAUGAAGCUGAUGAUGAUGUUUUUGGUGACAAAGUCGCCCAAGAGAUACUGAGAGACAAUAGGUUACAGAAGGAUAAGCGGAAGCAGAAGGAGACGAAAGAGAGGCUAGGCUCUAUCCAGGACAGGAUAUCACGUGCAUUAUCCAGAUAUGAUCUAGGUAUGAGCACCAUAGGUGACGGGGAGGAUUUCCAGCUUGAUCGCAAAAAGUCGGAACAAGCUUUUGAUGUCUUCAUCGUCGGGUUCAACGAGUCUGCUGAGAAAAAGAGCCAGCUGCUGGAAUCACUGUACAACUUUUUCUUGAUAUACGAAGAGGAUGAAAAUCUCUCCUCUUCUCCCACUCCCAAGUUCGACUUGGACUCCAGUUUCGAGUGUGCAGUGGGAGCGUUACAAGAGGCAAACGUGUCGCUGGCCAAACUUGCGAACAUUCACGGAGCAUUGAUGGACGGCUACAGUACUAAGCUGAAAGACAAAGAAAAUAAGAGGAAAACAAAGCGGCUGGAAGUGUCGUUUAAAGAAGCGCAAAACGAACUAGUUGCUCUGAAAGACACGCUGGAGACCUCCUCACGGAGUUUAUCAGAAGCUAACACUAAGGCAGAGGGACUAAGAAAAACGCUGGAAAUGAAGACCUCCGAGUUAGAAAAGAACAAGUUGGUCAUAGAGAAGCUCAGGAAACAGACAGAGAACUUGCUGGGAGUGGACGAAAGAAAACUGCUGAAAGAGAGGACUGAUUUUCUAACUGUCCUAGAGAAGGAAAACGCUGAGCUAAAGUUACACGUUGGUCAACUUGAAUUCACCGUCCGGAAAACCAACUCUAAAACUGUACAAGAUAGUCACGAAUCUUCCGCUGCAGAGGACCUUAUAGCGGACUUACAGAACAAGAUGAGUGAGGAGAGAGAGAAGGCUGCAGAACGAACAGCUGAGACUUUAAGAAUUGCAAGAGCAGGGCUAGAAGACGAGUUCGAGGAGACGAUGGAGCGAAAGAACGAAGAGUUUGAGCAGCAGCUUGGGGAAUUACAGGAGAAACUCGUAGUACAGGAGGAGACGAUAGAGGAUCUGGAGAGCAGGUUAUCGGAGACAACACGGCCGAUUGUGGAGCCCACUCCCGUACCCACACCUACACCUGAACCCUCUCCUGAGACGGUGGUACCAGCAACUAUAUCUGAACGUACCACCUCAGCAGUGUCAGUGGACCCAACAGAAGCACUGAACAAGAAGUACAAGGAACUUGAGGAUGAGUAUGAGAAGAAGAGGAUUGCUGUAGAGGAGGAGAUGGCUAGAAACGAUGAAGAGAACUCGUGGAAGAUAGAAGAGCUGACCAACGAGUUGAUGCAAGCUAAAGAUGAGUGGUUACACGAGAAAACUUCCCUUGAGGAUAAGGUGGAGAGUUUCCGUAAGAUGGUAGCUGAAAUGGAAUCAGAUGCUCUAGAGCAGACCCACAAGUUGAACGAGAUGCUGAAGAAACGGGACUCAGGGGUGCUGAAGGAGGAGGUGAUCCUGGAUACACCCUCUCUUAUUGGCAGCCAGGAGUCUGAGGAAGAGAAGGGUAUUCCAAAAACGGCGUCAUUCUGGAGUCUCGCUCUUUCACCCAUUUGUAGUACAACAUCUUUAUCUCCCACAUCACCAACCACCAAUUCAACAUAUACCACUCCACCAUUCUUAAAUCCUGGAGUAGUCAUUCGUGUCCCUGAUACUUGGGUUAAUUCUAACUCUCCUACCACUCCACCAUUACUCACCAAUCCAUCGGACGGUGGUAUAGAGGCAGUACAGGUAAAGGUACCAGGGAGACCUACCACUGCCUACAGAAACACCCUCACUCCUGGACCUGACAACCCUGUCAUUACUCAGGUAAUCACAAUGUAUGAUCACGUGACCGACUUCAAAGAGAAGCUUGUUGAGAUACUGGUAGAGAUACAGGGUAUGGGGGUUAUUGAUGAGACGGAAACCAUGUUGAUGAUGAGGUCGCUGGAGCAGAUAAACACUGUAGAUUUUGCAAAAGAUGGUAAUAUACACGAGCAAAUCGAGGGCAUCCAGAACAGUAUCGCACAAGUUAUGCAUAGUUCGGAGAAAACGGUUCACAAGAUUUUCAAAAAGCUCAGCAAGGAACGUGGCAAGAUAGAACAACUAACCUGGUCACCAGUGAACAGAUCACCGCCCAAAUCAAGGCAGAGAUCAGUUGCCCAGUGUGACCGCGCCACUUCUCCAAUAAACAAGUUCAAACCCUUCAAACCUCCCGCUGAGCCUGUUCAGGGCAAGAUGCGGAGACCUCCAGCCCAGUACACAGCAAUGUUUGCCUUCACAGAUCUGGAACACAACAAGAGAUCUCUUAAACAGGCUGUUCUCAACCACAAGAUAACACCAAAACAAUACGAGGAGGUGGUCGCAAUGAUGAACGAUUACACGAACAUACCACAGAAGAGGUUACAACACCUUGCUAAACAUUACAUAUCUCAUGCUAGGAUGCAGAUCAUGGAGGAGAAUAUACAGAUGAACAGGCCAGUUAACGAGGAUAUAGACGAUGUUCUCACCAGACUUGACGAACUGUUCCUGCUGAGAAAGAACAGAUACGGAGUUGAGAUGGACGAUCUAGCUGUAGAAAGAGAAGACUUGGCAUACCUACUGACUAAACAAUUGGACAGAUUGGAACAUCAGUCCGGUAUCUUCCUGAUAAAACCCUACAUAGCCUACAAAGCCCACACUCUCAACAAGAACCAAACAAGGAAAACCCCAACCUUUGUCCAGCAAACCCGGCCCACUGAGGGAAGUAUGGACCUGGAGAACAUGGAGCAACCUCAGGACCCUGAUGCUGGGUCCACUUGGUCGGUUGGAGCCUCUAGGACAGCUCCUCUUCAGGACUGGACUCCUGAUAUCCCUAAACUAUUGGAGAUGGACUGCAACAGGAUAACAGUAGCUCGCAACACAGUCUCCCAGCCUGCCGACUCCAGAAACUCCAGCAAAACAAUCAAAUCCUUUGUCGUGGUGAGACCCUCUAAAAGUAAUGGUAGCUUCCGUCCUAAGUCUAAUGCUACAAGUACUGCGGAGUUCUUGUCCAUCAACAGUGAUUAUAAGAGUGAGGAGAUAAGUUUGACGACCAGCGACAACCUGCCCCCGCUCCGAUCUGGGUACACUAGCGGGUUUGUCUCAACCUCCAACUCGAGACAACGUCUUGCUCCUAUUGUGUCGCCUCCAAGUAGUAUUAAAGUCAGUAAGGUUGAAAAGGUGGCAAGUGUUACAUGAUGAAAAGAACUUUGCGAGAUGCUACUCGGCGUCACAUUUUCUCUCGUGACGUAACAAAUCAAAACCUACCUAGCGUGACGUCACAUUUGAAUUCCUCACGUGACGUCACAUUCCCUCACGUGACGUCACACACUACUUCACGUGAGUCCGUGACGUCACGUCGUCACAUUCCCACGUCACAGUAUACUUUAUGUGAUGUAGUAGUAUACCUCGUGAUCAAAGACACGGUCAGUUAAAUCAGCCAAUCCGUUUGGAUUUUUUCAGAGCGAUUGUCAGUUAGUGAUUAGGAUUGGAUCCCAAAAAAAACGCGAUAAAAAUUGUGUUAUCCCUGUUUUAAAGAGGGAGCUCAUGGUCAGCAAUAUCCACAUUUUGCAAAAGGAGAUCUGCACUUAUUACUCAUGUAAAUACAACUCAGAAUCAGAUUGAUAACCCAGAAAAAGGAUACAAGGACAGAUGUUCAUGUAAUACACUGAUGUCAUGAAUUUUAUAAGAUAUUGUAAAUAACUUUUUUUAUUUGAAGUUCAUGUAUAAUGUAUAUAUUUGCCCACUUUUGCUCCUGGCACAUGAUG